AAAAAAAUUAAAACAGUGUGAAGGGCAAGGUGCGAGUGUAGAAAGCCGCUUGAACAUGCUGACUAGGAUAAACUCAUCUCAAAAACCUUCGUCUCUUCAUUACCGCCACUUCCAGGGGAGAUUGGAUGUUCUACAUCGACAGGGCGGCUCCUGUUUGGAGCUAAUCAUCGAAUCGGUGGGGCACCCAUUUGCAAACAACCGUCGAAGGAGUGAAAUCGGAGGGGGGUUUAAUCGCCGGCGUCGCCGCUACAGUAUUCCAUGGAAGAAGCGGCGUACAUGUCCUUCCACCCGGAGUCCGGCCUUCAGUUUUCUGGCACCACCAAAAGAGCUUUCAAGUCGUCUAUCCUGAACAGUGCGGUGGAAAGAUCGAUCUCCGGCAACCAGGAACAAAUCCUAGGCAAUAGGUGCUGUAGCCAUAGACCCAGUUGCAGGGCUCUCUCCGGCUACCAGGCACGAGCAAAUUUUGGGCAAUUGAUGCUCCCAGCCAGAGACCCGGUUGCAAAGCUCUCUCCGGCAACCAGGCACGAAAUUGCCGUAGAAGUGGGUGAAAUCUGGGAUUACAUAUUUACAUUCGUCGAAGUGGGUGAAAUCUGGGAACGGCGGCAGCCAUUGAAUGGUGGUUCUCUGGAUUCACGGUCACAAGUUGGAGAGGAGAUGGCCGCAAAUUGAAAGCGAGAAUGUGUAUUGGUAAUGAGUAAAAAUUUAAAUUGAAAAUAAAAUUCCACGUGAACAUUUGAAUCAAAUUUGGGACUUUAUGCAUUGGAAGCUUUUUGUCUAUUUCAAAGUUCAAUCGGUACACUAUGCUUAGAAAGCCUUUUCUUUAUUUGACAAUUGUCAUCAUUUAGCUUCACUAGGACAUUUUGCAUUGCGGUUGCUCUUAGUAAGAAAUAUUUAUACCUCAUUUUCUCCCUGAAAUAGUUAAGUUCUGUUCCUUUCCUUCCGUAAGCCGCCGUUGUAUUCCCUGUUCUUCCGUCCUUCACAAAAUUUCCAUCUUGCUGAAUUCACUAACCAAACUCAGGUAUGUCAAAAAAUUCCCUUCCAGGACAUGCUUUCUUUGUUAAUUUAGUGUCUUUCGUAAGAGAUUGGCGUGGUAGAAAAGUUUUUAGCCAAAAUUAUUUCUAUUUAGUUAAACAAAAUUUGAUCCAUUCAAGUAUAAGUUGAAUUUUCUUCUGGUGUAUGAGUUACUAUUUAAUCAGACUGUAAUCUGAAUGGUUUGGGUUCUAACGAGGAAACCUUUCUUCCUAGAUCAGAACCGGAUCAAUUCGCAUUUAAGAUUUAUUUGUAAUUCAAAGGAAUAAAACAAAGAUUGAUUUUUAAUGUGCAAAGCUGCUGUCUUUUCAGUUUAAAGAAAUUAUUUACGGCUUUGAAGGCAUAGUUGUCUGGGAAACAAUUCUUUUAAGGUUUUAAAGAUUUGUUUCAAUGGGUUACUCUGUAUACAAACUCUAAUAGUGUGUCGUGGGAUUCUAGUAGCCGGAGCAAAAGACUUACUGGUUUCAUUGGAAAGAAGCAAUUUUUCAUAAUGAUCCUAGAAAUUAGUUUUAUGCCCCAUGUGAUUUUCAAGCUACUCUUCUACGAAUGGCAGCAGCGUUUUAAUUAUUUUUUUUAAAUAAGAAAUCUGAUUCUAUUUUAGUAUUUUAUUUAGAAGAGAUUUAACUUACAGAUUUAAAUGCAUAAUUCCUGAACAAAAACACAUUGAUUUUUAGCUUAGUUAUGAUUUCAAUGAGCUGCUACAUUGAGAUUAAAAACCAUAGCUAGUACUCCUCUUCUUUAUGCGUACAGAACCUUUAGAAUUCUUAUUUGUUCAUGAGCAACUUCCACAAAGACCAUACAAGUCAAGUCGGUGUUGAAGUUCUAUUAAAUUAUAGCAAGUUCUGAUUACACUUUUAUAUCUAAUUAAAGAUUUGAAAGAAGAGCUUACCGGAAGACGUUAUCAAGGUGCCACACUUAUUUGAGUAAAUUGAGUUCAGCUAAAACAGGUAAGUUCACUACCACCUGUAUAUGUUUGUUCAACCAAACGAGUAGGUGUUUUUGCAAUCCUUUGAUUUCAACAAUUCAACCUGUUAUAUCUAUCUAUAAAAUUAAGACCCUAUUUUCGCAAAAAUCAAUCCAAAACUUGGUGUAGUCCAAAACUAUUCGCCCACAAUGUCAAUUAUCGAUAUUAAUAACAAUUAUUGUAAAACAAAGUUAUUUUACAUUUAAAUUAAAUCCAAGCCUUUAGAUUUAUUCAUCAUUGGUGGUUCACCAUUACUCCCAAAUCCUUCCAAUGGCAUGCGAUAGAAUGAAUUUUCUUUGUUUAUCAUUAUUUGUAAAAAAAAAAUGAUACGUAACUUAGCUUGUACCAAUACUCAAAAGACCAUCGAUUAUCUAAAGAUUGAAACAAUUUUUUUUCCUGAAAAUGUGUAGAGUGAGUGUAUAUCCUAAAAAAUGAAUUUUUUUGUUUAGUAGUUAUAGAAUAGUUCGCCAUUUGUAGUAUUCAAUAAUGAAUUUUCAUUGCAGUGACUUUACAAAACUAUUUCCAAUAUAAAAAAAAACAAUAAUUGUAGACUAAGGGAAAAGUGCGACCACUUCUUUGAUGCUUGUUACUCUCACAAUUCACGUUUUCUUUAAUUUACAUAAUUAAACACUUAGAAUAAAAUGCCUAACCACCCGCUGAGAGUGUUCUCAAUGUGUGCACACUAAAAAAAUUAUUUCAUGCAAUAGAACUCCAUUAAAAAAGCACAUGUUUCAUCACAUAAAAUCUUUCCACUUAUCAUUUUAAUUUAAACACUAUUCUAAUUGAAAUAACCUUUAAAUGCUACUCUUUUUGUCCUGUUGAAAGGUUCUCACUUUUCUUAUUUGACCGUUCCAUUUAAAAGUUCUCAUUUCAUUUCAGAAAAUAAUUUUCUCUAUUUAAUUACACAUUUUCUUCGAAUUUAUGUUUCUUAUUCAUUACAUUUCAAAUCUCACAAUGUCCCUCCCCAACUUAUCUCCCUUUAAUUACUUUCACUUUUUUUGUUUACUUUUUCUAAAUUUUAAAUCACAAAUAACCAAUGCGCCAAAUUUAAAUAUCAUAAGAGGGUUUGUUGUAUUAAAGAUGUUUUCUUUUGAAUAGUUUUCAGUCUCAGACCAAACCAAAACAGACCAAAUUAGACGAACAAAUUUUAGUUUAAAAGAAAACAUCCUAAACCCGACACAUUUGUAUACGUCUGUCAGAGUAUAACUCAGCCUAAUAAAAGUAUAUAACUGUUCAAAUAAAACCCACUAAAUUCAAGCCCAGCCCAUAAUUUUUAAACAUCCUCAAAAGAGUUUGUAUGUAUAGAUAUUUCAAGAAGAGGGUUUUCAUUAGGGAUAAUUUGAGUUUGCACCACAUAUUAUUGUCUAAAUUUGACUUUGCCCCCGUUCUUAAAAACUUUGUUUUUGCACCCCAAUCCCAUAUGAAAAGACAAAAACACCUCUCCAUUAACAAUUUUGUUGACCUUCAACAUAUUUCCGAUUGAGGGCAUUUUUUUCUUUUCAUAUGGCGUUAGGGUACAAAAUCAAAGAAUUCAAAAAACGGGAUGCAAAAUCCAAUUUAGACAAUAAAAUGAAAUGCAAACUCAAAUUAUCCCUUUUCAUUAACCCAAACCGUUCGUAUUCCGCCUCAUCCUCUAAAUUCUCCCUUCUAAGGCAUCGAAUUAGCUACACCUGAAUACCUGAUCGGUCUCUAAUGGGUUCUGUGGUUGCUGAUACUAAGUUGUUAGCAACUAAUUUUGUUCAUUGUUCCUUUAAACAUGUUAAUCAUUGUUUAAUGAAUGUUCGUAGCGGCACAUAAGCUUGCUCGUAGCUGUGAGCAUAGUCAUUAACUGUAUGUUUCAUGGUGUUAUCCCAGAUUGUAUCCAGGAUGUACUCGUUAGUGAUGCUCCUUAAUCAAUGAAAUGUUGUUAUUCUCAAAAAAAAAUCUACCUUCUAACCCUUCGAAUUCCACCGCAUCUAUCGAUCUAUCGUCGCUCAUAAGUUACCUUUGAAGAUCUAUCAAAUGGCAGAAUUUUCGAGAGAUAAGGUCAUCUGAGAUCGAUUGCACAAAGAUGAGUAUUUUGUAUCAUCUCAUUUUAGUUAUUAGUUUUUCUUUGCAUACAAUUACCUAUACUCCGUAUUUAUAAUAGAUUUAUAAUCUAAUCACUGCAUGUAUGCUUUAUAGGUUCUUAAGAUGGGGUUCUAUCAAAUGAUGGCAUAAGAUAUUGUUUCAAAGAAAAAAACAUUAGUUUUUGAACUGUGUUCUGGUGAAUAGAGAGAGUUUCACACUUUCACCAGAACCUUAACUUUGAACUGGAUGUUUCAAAGAAAUGGGGUUCUAAAGAUAUUUGUUUAGAAUAGGUGUUUCACACUUUCACCAGAAUAUUAUUUUUUAACUUUUGAAACUUUUUUUGGAAUGAAAAAAAAAAAUAGAAUAGUAUUUGUCUCAAAUGGAUGUUUUCUAUUUAUUAGUUUUAAUAUUUUUGAUUUUGUUUUUCUGAAAUCCAUAAACUUAUACUUAUAGUUGAACUUUUGGACACUGUUUAUUUUAAGCCUUUUAAUUCUUUAAACCUAUCUUUGAACUUUUUAUUUCUGGUACGACUUUAUUUCUAAUAUUUCAAUAUAUGCUCUGUAAGUUUGUUAUUGGUUUGGUAUAAGAGGACGCGCUAAGUAAGGACAAUCAUUACGAUAAAAAAAAGUAAGGACAAUCAUGUUAUAAAUGAUGGUUUGUUGAUACAAAGUACUUGACUCUAAAGAAUAUAAUACACUCGAUAUGUUAUUUGUUGCUAAAUACAUCAUUCCUUUACACGUUACUAACAACUGUGUAUAUACUAAGAUUGAUUUAAAAAAAAAAGUUAAAAUAGAUAUUCCUGAUUUUUUCAGACGUUUUGCAACCAACCAAAUUUACAUGCAUAUAAACAUAUGCUAUGUUGUGGUGAUCUGGCAAACAUUUUAUAAGGUUUUCCGAAGCUGUGUCCAAGAGUUGGGCGGAGGAUUGGCGAGGAGGGGCCGCAUGCGUAGAGUUGCUAUUUAAAGAUGCAUUAUCUUUUAUUUGUAUGGAGGAUACCAAUAGCCAUUUUAAAUGUUUGUAUCAGUGUAUGUUUAGAGUAAUUACUCAUGCUUUCAAUAUUCUAAAUAACACGCACGUUGUCCCAAUCGUUUUCUGAAGAAUCGUUAAUUGCUUCUCA